UGAGCAGUCAGCGAAAUGUGGAAGAUCUAUCAAAAACACUCACUCAGUGGCUGCUAGAAACUUGACAAGCCUUUAGUCAAGGCUAUCAGUUGGACCAGCCGGACGAUAACUAGCCUCGAUAAGUGAGUGAUAACGUGUAAAGGCCAUCAAGUGAUACUAAUGUUGUCGAGUCUAGAGAGUACAUAUAUGACUUUCAGGUGAUCAUGAAGUUUUUGGAACUGAGCAAUGGAGCUCGCAUGCCCGUCGUGGGCUUUGGUACAUGGCAGAGCACGGACGAGGUGUUGGAACGCGCCCUGGAGGCAGCCCUGCAGGCCGGCUACCGGCACAUAGACACCGCCUACCUUUACAACAACGAGGAAGCCAUUGGACGGGUGCUGAGGAGGUGGCUGGACGCGGGCCGCGUCAGGCGGGAGGACCUGUUCGUGGUGACCAAGCUGCCAAUGAUCGGCUACCAGAAGGAGAAGGUGGAGAAGUACCUGAGGCGCUCGCUGGAAGCCUUGCAGCUGUCACACGUGGACCUCUACCUGCUCCAUCAGGCCUGGGGCAUGCAGGAGAGAGGGGAGGAUCGCCUGCCCAUGGAUGAGACCGGGGAGCUGCUGCUGGACCAUUCCACCGACCACGUCAGCCUGUGGAAGGGCAUGGAAGAGCAAGUUGAGGCCGGUAGGGCCCGCGCCAUCGGACUGUCCAACUUCAACUCGCGCCAGAUCAAGAGGAUCGUCGAGUCCGCCCGUGUGCAGCCUGCCUGUCUGCAGGUGGAGGUGUACCUGUACUUCCAGCAGCGGGAGCUGGUCGCCUUCUGCAAGGCCCUCGACAUCGCCGUGUGCGCCUACGGGCCCCUGGGAUCCCCGAGCAUGAUACAGGCCUUCUCCUCGAUGGGCGGCGACACGGACAAAAUACCGCGGGUGGAUCCUCUGCACGACCCCACCGUACUGCACAUCGCGCGCAAGCACUCCAAGACACCGGCGCAGGUGCUGCUGAGGCACACGGUGCAGCGAGGCAUCGCCGUGAUCCCCAAGAGCAGCGACGCCACCCGCAUCCGGGAGAACCUGCAGGUCCUGGAUUUCUUGCUGGAUGAAGAUGAUGUUGAGAAGCUGGACUCUUUAGAUCGAGGCAGCAAAUACCGCUUAUUCUCAGGCAACAUUAACAAAGGGAUGGAUAGACACCCCGAGUAUGCUUAUAACGAACCAUACUGAAUCACCACUGCCUAUUGUGUCUGUUCAGCUACGUAAUAUAUGUACGGUGUACUCUGAAAAUAAAUAACAUUGUUUUACAUCUA